AUGACGAGUAUCUCAGAACUCAAAGCUGAGGGUAUCGGAGGCCCCUUACAAGUUAGAAUACUACGCAAAUGGAAACACGAUGUCCGCCAAUAUGAGACGUGGUACCUGGCUGUUGACAGAUUUGGAGAUGCAAUUCAAAUUCUUGGACAGCGAACAAAUCAGAGCUACAUUGAAUCUGUUUUCAAUGUUUCAGAAUGUUACAUCAUAUCAGAUUAUAGCUGUCCUCAGUUAGACAAGUAUCAAAAAGUUCUUGAAAAUGAGUUCUAUAUUGAUGUUGGUCUCAAGUCCAUCAUACAACCAAUUCCAGACACAAUAACAGUUCCAAAAAGUUGGUUUCGCUUCGUAUCAAAGUCAAAUCUGAUACAACUCGGAGAAACACCACCAUACUAUCCAGACUUCAUUGGCGUUCUAUCAAAGAUAAGAGAUUGCACGAAAGCAAAUAGAGAACCAUUUGUGUUGCUUAUACUAACUGAUGAAAGUGGCAGUGAACUUGCAAUCAAUCUAUGGAAAGAAUGCAUAACCAAUCCACAGAAAUUCAACUGUGCCUCCCUAGAUCACCCAUCUACAACAACGGUUGUUGCAAUAACAAACCUAAAACCAUCAACAUCCAAUGGAGCAUUACGGCACGGCUCAUCACAUGCUACACAUAUCUAUGUCAAUCCAGAUAUACCGGAGACAACAUCACUCAUAAGUCUAUUCACAGGUCCCUCAAGGCCGAUACCAGCACUAUCAGGAACUCCCUCAACCCUAUACAACAUGAAACUGAAAAACAGAUCUGAUCUACUGGAUAAAACAUUCAUAGUAGAAGCUUCAAUCAAGGAAUUUCACUUUCAAAACAGCUGGUACCAAACAACAUGUCCAAUCUGUAAAGAUCCGAUUUUCAGAAGAGGCGAACAGUGGUAUUGCAGUGCACAUGGACUCAUUGAAAACCCAACCUACACAUGCAAAUUCACAGUCACCAUUACCGACACUACGAACACCAUACCUGCGGUUGUAUCCGAAACAGCGUCUCGGAAGCUGUUAAAAUCAUCACUUCAAAAGUUUAUAUCUGACAACCCGCUCACAAGCAGAAACAGCCUCCCUUCCAUCAUCACUGAUCAAAAAGAACAAACAAAAACAAUGUGUAUCCAAAUGCUUAGGACAUCAACAACUUGACAACAUCCGUUUCAUAGUAAUUGACAUCUAAGAAUCAACAACGCCAUCAGAGACACCUGUCCCAACAACACCAGCCGUACCGCGGAUGACAAGAAUGCGACCAGAUGACGGAACACCAGAGCCAAGCAGACCUCCUCGCCCUGUGGCACGCACUCUCACCUUCACUCCACCAGGGCCACCACCACCAAAAAAUCAAAAACGAACCACAAAAUAGCAGAUAUCAUGAAACAGCACUAAGAAAUCCAACUUUUGUUUUGGACAAUAUGUUUAUCUUUUGUAACAGACAUGCUAAACAACUAUCAUAUGUAAUAUAAACAAUAAUAAACAGACACCCUUUGCAUGC